CUUAGAACACGUAGUGCAUUGCUGUCAUUUCCGAGAUGAGCGCCUCCAAGGAGGGCAAGGACAAGAAGGUCAAGAUACUGGGCGUGGAGAACAUUUCACCGCCCAAGGAUAAACAGCGUCCUGCCACCAGGAUGAAGCUCUUGAACGACGUAGGAGCAGGAGGAGAUCCAGAGACUAGCCCCACUACCAGCUCAUCGAAAACUCCCCCGAGUAAGCAGGAAAAACGUGGAAGUGUCACCGGAUCCCGCAUCAAAAUACUCAACGAUGAAAUACUAGCCAAUCCGAAGGGGGAGAAGAGAGGCGCCCCCAAGACUCCAACUCCAACCUCCUCCACCGUGAAGAUUCUCAAUGAGAAGAGGAUUCCCAGCGCCACCGUAACAGCUCUGGAAACAGCAAAGAUCAAGACAUCGCCAAACAAGCGAAAGAAGAUGGAGCACUAUGUACUCCAGGCUGUGAAAACGGAAAACAGCAAGGCAGACACCACGGUAACCGUGGCAACCGAAGAAGAUGAGGAGACCAUUGCCUAUAUUCUAGCAGAUGAUGAGGAAGUGGUGCCUGGUAGGAUUGAGGAUACCAAUGGCCAGGAGAUCGUUGUCACCGAGGAAGAGGACGACGACAAGGAAGAGGGCGACGAGGAUGGAGACGGCGAGGGUAAUUCCAGCCAUGGCACAAAGAUCAAGGAGAUCGUUGAGCACGUUUGCGGCAAGUGCUACAAGACCUUCCGCCGCGUUCAAAGUCUAAAGAAACAUCUGGAGUUCUGUCGCUACGACAGCGGCUAUCAUCUGCGCAAGGCCGACAUGCUCAAGAAUCUGGAGAAGAUCGAGAAGGAUGCCGUGGUGAUGGAGAAGAAGGACAUUUGCUUCUGCUGCAGCGAAAGUUACGACACCUUUCAUCUUGGCCACAUCAACUGUCCCGACUGUCCCAAAUCGUUUAAGACACAGACCAGCUACGAGCGUCACAUCUUCAUCACCCACUCCGAGUUCAGCGACUUUCCUUGCUCCAUCUGCAACGCCAAUCUCCGCAGUGAGGCCUUGUUAGCGCUCCACGAGGAACAGCACAAGUCCCGUGGCAAGCCGUAUGCCUGCAAGAUCUGCGGCAAGGACUUCACGCGCUCCUACCACUUGAAGCGGCACCAAAAGUACUCAUCAUGUUCGUCGAACGAGACUGAUACCAUGAGCUGCAAGGUGUGUGAUCGCGUCUUCUAUCGCCUGGACAACCUGCGAUCCCACCUAAAACAGCAUUUGGGCACACAGGUGGUAAAAAAGCCGGAGUACAUGUGUCACACAUGCAAGAACUGUUUCUACAGUCUGUCAACGCUUAACAUCCACAUACGCACCCACACCGGAGAGAAACCCUUUGAUUGUGAUCUUUGCGACAAGAAGUUCUCCGCUUUGGUGGCCCUUAAAAAGCAUCGACGCUAUCACACUGGCGAGAAACCCUACAGUUGCACUGUGUGCAAUCAAGCCUUUGCCGUCAAGGAAGUGCUCAAUCGUCACAUGAAGCGUCACACUGGUGAGCGACCACACAAGUGUGAGGAGUGUGGCAAGAGUUUCAUCCAGGCCACUCAGCUGCGCACCCAUUCCAAGACCCAUAUUCGCCCCUUUGCCUGCGAUCAGUGCGAGGAAAAGUUCAAAACUGAGAAGCAACUUGAGCGCCAUGUGAAGAGUCACUCGCGCACAAAACGCCCCGUCUUCUCCUGCACCGAAUGCAAAGCUAGCUUCCGCACCACAGCACUGCUCAAGGAGCACAUGGACGAGGGCAAACACACCCCAAAACAACAACGGACCACCAAGCGAUCUGCCAUCAAAAUUAUGGAGCGAACGGAUUGCGCCAUUUGCGAUAAGAACUUUGAUAGCAGCGAAACCCUGCGCCGGCACAUUCGCACAGUGCACGAGUGCGAUCCAGAUGAUAUUUUCGGCGUUGAGCCUCAGCCAUCAAAGCGUGCAAAGAAGGCAAAACACUCUGAAAUUGAUGUGGAUGAGGUUGUACCGGUGGCACUGAACACUUCAGCGGGCUCCUUGAUUUCCAGCCAAACUGAUGACAAUGGGGUUGUAGUGCGGGAGUUCCUGGUUGACGAGGGUGAUGGCACUGCCCAAACCAUUACAUUGGAAAACGAAACUUACACAAUUCUGCCCUUGGACGGGGCCAUCGAGGGAGAGCAGCUGACGGAUGAAGCUCCUGUGAAGCCUGAGGGCAAAAAGGACGAGGCACAAGUCUCACCGGCGGAAAAAGAGCAGCGCAAGUGCCUGGCCGCCAGCUUGGCUGCUGCCAUCGCUGAUAAUCUGGAUGAAACACUAAGCGAUGAUGAGGUCAGCGGCGAAAUUCUUACUGAAGAGGAUCUAAAGCUUAAAGCGAACGUCGGCAAACUCAUAGACAUGCUGGUAGAUCCUCCUAUUCUAAAGAAAUACGGCUGGCCCAAUGCCCCCGAGGAAAUGGUGCUCUGCAAAGUGAUCGAGAACUGUGGCCACGACUUGACCAAAGGUGGCGAGAACUACGCUGAACUGGACUAUGGCAGCCGCAUGCGAGAAUAUUGCAAACUGCUCUUCACCGUGGUUAUUCACAACGAUUCGAUCAAGUCACUGCUCAACAAUUUCCCCAUCGACGAUGUCAUCGAGUAUGUACUGGGAGACGAGGAACAGGAAGAUGGUUUGGGCAAGGAUAAAGAUGUCGAGGAUAAGUCAACUGCAGGGGAUGAAGAACCAGAGACAAUCACAGGUGAUGCUGAAAAGAAGGAUGUACCAGCGGAAGCUGAAAAAAAUACAGUCUCAGCGGAAACUAAAGAAAAGACGGUUACAGAAGAAAAGAAAAAAACAAACCAAACGGAAACCGAAAAAGAAAAAGUUUGAUUUUUCAGCAUUCAAUGCAUUGUUUAAUAUGCAUGGUUUUAUCGCACAAAUUAUUCAAAUCUAGAAUUCGACAGUGAAGAUGUUUAAAAAAUAUUUUAAGGCUCGUUUUGAUUUUUUUAAGAUGACUAGUUUUAAAAAGAGCGUGGGGUUUCGGUUCAAACACCAAGUGACCUUAGAAAAGAAACUUACCGUCUGUUGUUAAAUUCUUCCAUUUAUUACCCAGAACUGUUUACAAAUUAACAAAUUACCCAAAAAGAAUGAAACCAACGUAUUGCAUAUCAAAGAUAUUUUGAUAUUAUUAUAUAAAUUUUAUAUAUAUAUUGAAUUGAAAAGUGUACCCAAGCAAUACAUGCAUGGCUAUUUUAUAGAACUCUUAUUAAAUAUAAAAACAUCACGUUUACUGUUCCAUCAUCAACUU